AUGGUUGCUGAGACCAAGCUCUACGACGCCUUGAGCGUCAAACCCGAUGCCACACAAGAUCAGAUUAAGAAAGCAUAUCACAAGGCAGCAUUGAAGCACCACCCGGACAAGAACAAAGACAACCCAAAUGCCGCUGAUAAAUUCAAAGAAGUAUCACAAGCCUACGAAGUCCUAUCCGAUCCCGAAAAACGCAAAGUCUAUGACCAGUUCGGUCUCGAGUACCUGAUGCGCGGCGGCCCUGCACCGCCCCCGCCAGGGGGAGGUGGAGGCGGCGCAGCUGGUGGCAUGCCCGGAGGAUUCAACUUCGGCGGCAUGCCCACCGGAGGUAUGCCCGGCGGUGGAGCCCGGAAGUUUCACUUCUCGACCGGCCCUGGCGGUGGUGGUGGAUUCACUUUCAGCAAUGCUGACGACAUCUUCCGCAACUUUGCCAAGGGUGGGGGUGGCGGCGGCGGCCUCGAUAUGGAUGAUGAAGAUCUUAUCUCGAUGCUUGGAGGAGGACUGGGCGGCGGCGGUGGCGGCAGCGGCUUCCGUAGCAGCCGUCCAGGAUACUCGAAACCGAAGCGCGCACCUACACCCGAGCCAACUAUCAUUGAGAAAGACCUGCCACUGACUUUAGAGGAAAUUUACAAUGGUACCUCUAAAAAGGUCAAGACGAAGAGCAAGACAUUUGACAGGAUGGGCAAGCUCACUACCAAGGAAGUGACUUUGGAAGCCAACAUCAAACCCGGGCUGCGUGCUGGCUCAAAGAUCAAGUACAGAAAUAUUGGGGAUCAGGAAGAAGGGGGACGGCAGGACGUACAUCUGAUUGUAAAAGAGAUUGAUCAUCCUACAUUCAAGCGUUCUGGUGAUAGUCUUGUCACAACGGUCGAUCUCAGCCUGAAGGAAGCACUAACAGGCUGGGACCGUAUUGUACGCACCAUUGACGGGAAGUCAAUCCGUGUAUCUAAGCCCGGUCCAACUCAGCCCGGCCAUGAAGAGCGCUAUCCUGGCCUAGGCAUGGUGAACUCUAAGAACCCCAGUGAGCGCGGUGACCUGGUCAUCCGCGCCAACGUCAGUUUCCCAACUACCUUGACUGCCUCCCAAAAAGACAUUCUCCGGGAUGUGCUGCCUUGA